AUGGAUAUCAAGCUGAGGUGGGAAGAUAACAGCGGCAAGUUUACCGCCGUUCCAAGAUCAUGCAGAGGAAUCGUUGGAGCUGCAGCUGUUAUGAUUCGAUUCUCCGUCAACACUGGAGGCUGGACACGGAUCACCCCCCAAGACCAGUCUAGGCUUGCUUGCUGGGCAAUUCGGGAAUUCAAGGCUUAA